AUGGAGAACUCAACACAGAUUAUGUCAUUUGUGUUGGCCAUGUAUAGUAACAUGGGGCACUUAAAGUACCUGUAUUUCAUUCUGGCAAUGCUAUUUUACAUAUCAGUUAUUUUUGCAAACACCAUUCUUAUUGUCAUCAUUUAUGUGGACAGAAAUCUGCAUGAGCCCAUGUAUCUUUUCUUGUGCAAUUUGUUUGUUAAUGAAAUAUAUGGAAGCACAUCUUUGUUGCCUUGUUUGAUGGUACAGAUCUUGUCAGAGACUCAUGACAUUUCUGUCUUUUACUGCUUCCUUCAGAUAUUUAACAUUCAUACAUAUGUAGCAAUUGAGUUUGGAACAUUAACAAUUAUGGCAUAUGACAGAUAUAUAUGUAUAUGUAAGCCUUUACAUUACAACGUCCUAAUAACCAAAAGAAUAGUACAACAGGUCAUCCUUGUUAUUUGGACAGUUUCUUUUAUAGAGGUUGGGGUUUUACUGUCAUUCACUAUUCAUUUAAAGCGUUGUGGGACUGUCAUCAACAAAGUUUUUUGCGCACAUCACCUUGUGGUUGAACUUUCUUGUUCAUCAGACAGAACAGUGUCACUUAUUCAUGAUCUGGUUUUUGGCCUUAUCUUCACUGUUGCUGCUCCUGUCAUUUAUAUUUCAUUCACUUAUGUAAAGAUUUUGUCUGUGUGUUUGAAAGCUUCCAGAGAGACCAGAAUGAAGGCUUUUGAUACCUGCACUCCACAUUUUAUUUCACUCAUUAGCUUUGUCUUUGCCUGUUUUUACAGUUUGAUUACUCAGAGAUUUGACAUGCUCUCUGUUCCAUAUCCACUGUGUGUUUUCUUGUCUAUGUAUGUAGUGAUCAUUCAGCCCCUUCAAAAUCCGCUAAUGUAUGGUCUUAAACUGUCAAAAAUUAGACAUGCCUGUAAAACUUUAUUGACAUUAAAAACAUUGCAACCCUACAUUUCCAUGGAAAAAGGAACUGAGAAGGGAGAUCAGGAGAGGCAAGGUCAACUACAGGAGAAAGCUGGAGGAGUGGGAACAAUGGGGGAGCAAUGCCAGAGCGGCAGGGGCCCUGAAUUCCCCCCGGCCUCUCUACCUAAUAAGAUGGAAGAGCUGAUCAGACUGCAGUACCAGGAGUACUAUAACAGCAGAUCAAGAGCAGGCACUGAUGGCAUCAGCUCCAGACUGCUCAGGGCCUGUGCUGAUCAGAUCUGUGGAGCCUUCAUCUGA